AUGUAAAUCAAAACCGAGCCAUCUGAAGCUACGACAACAAUUUUAUAACAAAAAGCUUCAGAAAAUCAGAACAUUGAGUUUGUUUGUCAAGAAUUGUAAAACAUUUGCGCUAUUUCUUACCAACUUAUUUCUCCUAACAAUUAAUAGAGAUCAAUUAGAAAAAAGAUAAUAAAAACUAAUCGUAAAUAAACGAACAAAUCUAGGGAAUCUAAAAAAUAGACUAAUGAAAAACAAAGUCAAUAGACUAUCUAAAAUUUAAUUAUUGAAACUGAAGAAGAAUUAUAAUUAAAGAUAACUCUAAUAGAUGAUCUCUAAUCAAAAUUAUUGCAUUUAAAAACGAUGUUAUUCAAAUUGUGA